GGUGGCAUCUCAGUGAAAAGGGUGUACAUUUUGACAAUUAAUAUUAAAAAUUAAGAAGCUUAUUAAGCAGGAGUGUUUGAUACAAUUUGUAAACACCGCACCAAUAAGCUUCACACAAAAUUAAGUAUGACGUCUGAAGAAAUCCAGAUAUCCGAAGAACUUAAGGGAUGUUACGAGAAUCUUAUUGUGAUCGACAUUGGCGCAAACUUAACAAACAAGAAAUAUAGCCGUGAUCUCGAUUCUGUGGUUCAAAGGGCAAAAGAUGCAGGCGUCCAGAAGAUCAUGGUCACAGGAACAUCGGUUCGAAGCAGUAAAGAAGCACUGAGACUGACCCGCUUGUACCCCAGCACAAUAUAUUCUACAGCAGGCGUGCACCCCCACGACGCGAAGUCAAUGUCUGAGGAGGAGGCGUGGGCGGAGUUGGCGGCCACGGCGGCCGCGCCCGAGUGCGUCGCGCUCGGCGAGUGCGGCCUCAACUACACCAAGGACUUCUCCGAGCCCAGCGUGCAGCGGGAAGUCUUCAAGCGGCAGGUGGAAAUGGCGUGCGAACUCAGAAAACCACUAUUCGUUCACGAAAAGGAAGCCCAGGAAGAUUUGAUAAAAAUUCUGGACGAAUUCGGCAACCGCUUACCGCCCGUCGUAAUCCACUCCUUCACAGGCUCAGUGGAGCAAGGCAUCAAGUAUAUAGAGAAGGGCUUCUACCUCGGCAUAACAGGGUACAUAUGCAAGGAUAAAUCAGACGGUGGUAUAAGACGCUUGCUUUCAGAGAGGAUAUUACCGCUGGACAAAUUGCUGGUCGAAACCGAUUCGCCGUUCAUGUACCCGAAUAUGAGGGCUUCCAAACUGCCCCUGCACGUUAAGGACUCGUUAACUGAGAGAUCCAUGACGUUCGUGAACCGCUACUGCACGUUCCAACGCAACGAGCCGUGCGCGCUGCCCGCCAUCGUGGAGCUCAUCGCCGGCUUCCUGGCCGAGCGGCCCGAGGACGUGGCGCUCGCCACCGCCUUCAACGCGCUCAAGCUCUUCGGCCUCAGCCAGUGACGCGGCGCCGCGCUGGACCUCGCUGUCUUUUGGACUAUCGACGUCAUCUUCUCGAUUGCUAUAUUUGGGCAGUUUUGACUUCGGAUUUUAUGGAAAAUCUUAUGGGUUGUAAUUUUGGAGAUUGUUGUCAUUAUUGUGACGUGAUUUGAUCGUUCCGUUGACGGGUUUGUUGCACUGAAAUAGUUUUUUCUUUACGAAGCUUACGUUUCGACUUAAAUUCAAGUCGAUUGCGAUAAUGUUAAUUGUAAACCCAUUGAGAUGAAACGAACGGAGUCCCAAAUCGUAGUCAGUAGUCCAAAAGACUCCAGAUCGUGUCGAGUAACUUGAAAGAAUCGAAAAUUAUAUUUAUAUACACUUAUUUACGCGAAAUGUUGUGCCUUUAUAGAGACAACGAUAAGAUAUAUUUAAUCAUAAAUAAUAAGUAUAUUUAUAGCGAUUGAAUGUUACCUAAUUAAGAGAUUUAUUCAAGAGUUAAACAUAUAUACUUAAUUAUAUAUCGGGGGUCUCUUCAGACGUCAUUUGAGAGCGAAUCAAACGAUUAUACUCAUGUUUACGAAAUAUGACAAUUUUAAUAUGACAUUGGGAUUUAGGAGACGGGUAGUGGAGAAUAAAAGUGGAGAAUUGGAGAAAAAAUAUGUAUGUGAAAUGCCCACUGGGCGCUGGUCUCGCCACGCCAAUGUUUUGAGAUGCAAUGACUGCUCGUCUCGCUAAUGAUACCCUUGUACGGCAUUCAGAGGCUAUUUUAUAUAAAAUUUGCAUUGUCAAGUCUUGCCAUCGUAUUUACUAAUGAAAUAACGCCUCUCCUAAUUAAUAAAUAUCAAAACUAGUGCCGGCCAGGUCAUGUAGUUUAGUAUGAUUUUGCAAAAUCAAACGAAUAAUAAUUAUUAAUAACGUAUGUAUAUUAUUUUUUUAUAUUUUAAGCGUACCUGAACGCUUCGAGACUAAUGCCAUUUAUGAUUAAUUAAAUAAAAAAAAAAAUAGUUGCAUAAUAUUGCUAUGACGAUGUAUUGUCUGUGGUUAAUUUUUGUCUAUUAUAUUUUUACACGGUAUUUGUGUAGGUCUUUUUAUGUUGUUUUUUUUUUUGCGUUUUGCACAUGCCUUCGAUGUAUUUAGCAAUAUAAUUGCACUCACACACAUGUAGAUAGGAAUGUCGUCACAGCUAAAUACGUGUGUGCGAGUGUAUGAUUAAUAUGGUGGCAAUCGAUGACAACUUUAGUCAUUAUGAUCUCAAUAUGUCUACGAAUGUAUAAAGAGAUAUUUUUUUUGUAUAAAAUUCCAUCUGUGACGUAGCUUUAAAUGUAAACAUUGACAGAGCUAGUAGUGUGAUUGCAUGUUCGUUCGUACGUUGAGUAUUUAUUAUCUGUCGAUAUUAGUUUUAUAGUUACGUCACGAACUGUCAAAUAGAAAUGUCACUGUCAUUAGAAUCAUUUUAAUCGAGUCUUGAAUAUAUGUCUGUUUUCGUGUUUCCCAUAUACGCGUAUUUGUUACGGAAUACGUAGCCAUAUGUCCGUAUGUCCGUAACUUCCGUCACUGAAACGUUACUAGUGUCUAAGACCCGUGUCACGUUGCCACUGUAUUCGUUCGCACGGUGUUAGGUGUUUCUUAGCCUCGCUCUGCGCAGAGUAUUCCUAUUCGAAUUAAUUCAAUAACUGAUAAUUAUUCAUCGAAUAUAAUGUAAAUAGUGAUUGUAAUCGUAAUUUUAAUUAAUGCUGGUAGUCACAACGAAAUCAAAGACUGCAAGUAUGUACCACGUGGAAUUUGACAUGUUUAAUUAUUACGUGUUUUUUUUUUCUUGUAAAUUUAAAAAUGUAUUUAAUCAGACCCGACUACACGUGUAGCUACGAAAUGUAUACAGUUUUAUAAAGUAGCUCCGUGUGUAGUCGGUCAUAGAGUAUUGUUAUUAAUUCCUUUAUUUUUUGACAAUCACUUUGUUGGUAGAUUAUAAGGGUACCGCUGGGUCGGGUAGUUUACUCGGGAAUGUAUCGAGACAAAUAUAUACGGUUAAUUUAUUAUUAUUAUAAAUGUCAAUAAGGCUU